AUGGCCAUCGAGAAGGAGGCGCCCGAGGAGAUGGGCGCCGUCAUUCGCUACAACCUCUCCGAGAGCGCGGUGGCAGACCGUACUCUCGCAGACCUGGGAAUUUCCAUACCUGCCGACCUCGUCCUCACCUAUACGGAGCACCAGGGCAGCUCACAGAUCAGGCGGUCAGUCGCGGAAGCCUGUGGGCUAACACCAGAUGAUAUCCUUGUCACAGCUGGAGCGUCGACGGCGCUAUUCAUUGUGGCGACCACCAUCCUAGGGCCGGACGACCAUCUCGUCGUCACUCGGCCCAACUAUGCGACCAGUCUUGAGACGCCCCGCGCCAUCGGGUGCAGUAUCUCCUAUAUCGACCUGGAGUUUGAGAAGGAUUUCCGUUUGGAUCUGGACCAGCUCGCCGCGGCCAUCAAACCUUCCACAAAGCUAAUCAGCGUGUGCUCUCCAAACAACCCGGCUGGCACGAUGCUAGACGCCUCUGAAUUAAAGGCCCUUGCAGAUCUAGCCCAGAGUCGUGGUUGUUAUCUCCUUGUCGACGAGACAUACGCUGAUUUGAUUCACUCUGAGAAUCCUCCACCAGCGGCGGCGUCACUGGGGGAUCAUGUCAUCGGCACUUCGUCCAUGUCCAAGGCGUAUGGCGUGCCCGGGAUCCGCAUCGGAUGGCUUUCAACUAAGAACCCAAUCCUGCAAGAAUCUUUCCUAGCGGCUAAGGAGCAGAUCAGCAUCAGCGGCAGUGUCCUGGACGAGCUAGUGGCUGAAAAGAUCCUUAGCCGAAGGACUGAGCUCCUCAGCGCCACCAAGAAAGACAUGCUGGCCCGUCUCAGCCAUCUCCAGGCUUGGGCCAAGAAGGAGGAGGAGCACGUCGAAUUUGUGUCGCCGUCUGCCGGGGUGAUGGUUUUUGUCCACAUCAAACGUGAGCCUGCCGGAGGAAUUGAGGCAUUCUAUAAGCGUCUCAUCGAGCAUGGAGCGUACGUCGGCCCCGGUCGAUGGUUUGAGCGGCCAGACAGCUUUUUCCGUCUGGGCUAUGCCUGGCCAACUAUGGAGGAUCUGGACGCGGGUUUGCAAGCAAUCUCCAAGGCAUUAAGGGGAGAGUAA